AUGUCAGUCACACUCUGGCUCCUUGUGUUCGUGCCUGUCGCAGCCCUCAUUCGCUUUGUCGGCAUCCCGGAUGACACCCCGCAGCAAUCCAAGCCCUUCCUCCGCCAAAUCUUCGACGGCCUCUGCUACGCAAUCCUGCGCUUCCUUCAUCUUGCCUUUGCUGUACACAAAUCCUUCCAGAGCUGGGUGCAAAUGACUCUUUUGCAGAACGAAGUUGACGUGCAUGACUUGCUUUUGGGCGACCGGCCGGCGUUGGUAGAGGAGAGGGCGGAGCUCGAGAUGUUUUUGCUUUCAUUGCCCCAGAGACCGGAGCAUUUCGCCGUGGUGCUUCCCGAUGGGCAUACGGACGAUAUUGUUGAUGAUGUUGAAGCCCUGUGUGCCUGGAGCGGCAUGGCGAAGAUCCCACGCCUGACUGUGUACAGCAGAGAUGGCCGCCUCAAAGAUUUUGCCGAUGCCAUCGAAGCACGCCUGCGCAAAUCAAAGAUAAUCAGCCGGGCAUACAACAACAAACCCCCAAGCAUAAUUCUGGACCUUGGCACCCACCACGCCAAACGCCACAUCACCUCCCCCGGCAACCACCCACUCCACGUCUCCCUCUGGUCGCGCGAAGACGGCUUCCCUGCACUUGUCGAGCUUUCCCGCUCUCUCGCCAAGCAAGUCAGCGCCGGCACCCUCUCGGCCAAAUCCAUCGACGAAACCAUGGUGGCAUCCUGCUAA